AUGACGAGCCUCUACGCAGGCAAUGACGAUCUCUAUGAUGUCCGCUCAACCAUCGAGUGGCUCACCAACAGCAGCCCCUACCUCUCCAUCGACUGGCCGACGUAUGCGCUAGUUCAAAGCUGGUGUCAGCACCCUGACAAACUUGGCAUAAUCGUCUCCACCCUAACGGAACGGCUCAAAUCUGCUGCACCAUCGUCAUUCAAGGCGGUCAUCCUCCUACAGGCCAUCCCGUCAGCCUCCCUGGUACCCCUCAUCGACGCCCUCGAGCCGCUGGCGGCCAACACCGACAAUGCCUAUAUCGCACUAAUCGCCAAAUCCCUUCUUGACGCGGCCAAGGCGGAAAAGUCCAAGGCGGAGGAGGAGGAUGCCAAGCUCAAGUGGGAAGAGUGGUCUGGGAGGUUUGGGCGGAGCGCAGUCGGCUGGCUACCUCUGCCAGAGCCUAGAGAGCCUGAGUGGGGAUGGUAUGGGAUGCGGUGGGUGCCUGAGCAGGCAUGGUGGCAGCAACAGCCAGAGGUCAAGGAAGAGGAGGGUUGA